GUUGUCAGCCCUGGCUGUUGAUUUCACGACAAUAUUUUGCUUUUCCAAUUAAAUAAAAUAUAAUUGUAGCUUAAAUUUGGCUAAAAUAUGGCCAGAAUAGUUAAAGCGUCCACAGGCUUGACCGGCUUGGCCGUGGCAUCCAAUCCUCAUCACACACUAUCUGCGCUAUACGGCAAGAUUUUGCGCGCUGUGGCCAAGAUGCCACAGGACGCCAGCUAUCGGAAGAACACGGAGCAGUUGGUCAAGCAGCGCGCGGAGGCUGUGUGCAAUAACAAGGACAUAACCGCCUUAGAAAAGGCUGUUGGUUGCGGUCAGGUGGAGGAGCUCAUUGUACAGGCGGAAAAUGAAUUGAUGUUGGCACGCAAGAUGCUCGGCUGGAAGCCAUGGGAGAAACUGGUUCAGCCAGCACCACCCAAGCAAUGGGACUGGCCACCAGCACAGAUUAUGGAUCCCAAAGUUUAAGGCGUUAUAUUUGUAUAUAUAA